UCGAUUACAGCAAAAUGUACAAAGUCAGUUGUUUUUUGGUUCUUCUUAUCAUUGCACAAGUUUAUUGUGACAAUGUUCAUUUCGAAGAGAGUGAUUGCUUAAAACCGCACACCCUUUCUGGACCAAUUUGUGGGGAAUAUAUAGUUCGUUUUUAUUGGAACCACAAAGAAAAAAAAUGUGAAAGAACUAUAUACGGAGGUUGCAGAGCUACCCGUAAUAAUUUCGCUACAAUGGACAUUUGUCAAGAGGUCGCUGGUACUAUUUGCAGUCAAAGUUGAACGAGAACACCC